CUCUUCUCCCCCCGGUUACCGAGUAUGACACAAUGUCUGCCGGUAUAAAAAGGUAGGGCCACUCCUAUCCAGACUCUACUUGCAUGUCUGGAGAACUCUGCGGCGAAUAAGGGGAGGAGGCAGGCUGCUGUUGGGAUCUUGAGCGAGAGAGACACAGCCAGUGAGACAGAGGAGUGGAAAGGCAAACAGGGGAGAGGAUGGCCACGCUGGUAGAAUCUGCAGAUAUGGAGACUUUAGGCGGCCAAAGCAACGUUGGGGCAUCCCCGACAUCCUCCAGCCCUUCGCAGCACUUCAAUGACAGUAAAUUUUACUUGCUGGUUGUUAUCGGGGAGAUCAUAACAGAAGAUCACCUGAAAUGUGCCAUUGCGGAUAUAGAGAAAGGGAUCCGUUCAUGGGACACCAACCUUAUUGACUGCAACCUGGAUCAGGAACUCAAGCUGUUUGUCUCAAGACACUCAGCUCGUUUCUCUGCAGAUGUUAAAGGGCAGAGAAUUCUUCACCAUAAAAGUAAUAUCCUGGAGACGGUGGUGCUUAUCAACCCUUCAGAUGAAGCUGUCAGUACUGAGGUCCGUUUGAUGAUCUCAGACACUGCCAGGCACAAACUACUGGUCCUCUCAGGACAAUGUUCUGAAAACACUGGGGAGCUGAUUCUUCAGUCUGGAUCCUUCUCUUUCUUCAAUUUCAUAGACAUAUUUACUGAUCAAGAGAUUGGUGAAUUGCUCAGCACCAUUCACCCAGCAAACAAAGCUAAUCUCACACUCUCCUGUCCUGAACAAGGAGACUGGAAAAACUCCAACUUGGACAAACAUAACCUGCAGGAUUUCAUUAACAUGAAACUUAACUCCACUCUCAUCCUCCCUGAAAUGGAAGGCCUCUCAGAGUUCACAGAGUAUCUGUCUGAAUCGGUAGAGAUCCCAUCUCCUUUUGACAUGCUAGAACCCCCAGCCUCAGGUGGAUUUCUCAAACUCUCCAAACCGUGCUGUUACAUUUUCCCUGGUGGUCAUGGUGAUUCUGCUCUCUUUGCUGUAAAUGGUUUCAACAUGCUCAUUAAUGGUGGCUCAGACAGGAAGUCCUGCUUCUGGAAGCUGGUGAGACAUCUAGAUCGGGUGGACUCCAUCCUCCUGACCCAUGUCGGUGAUGACAAUCUGCCAGGCAUCAAUAGUAUGCUACAGAGGAAGACUGCAGAGCUAGAGGAGGAACAGUCACAGGGUUCCACUGCUAACAGUGACUGGGUGAAGAACAUGAUUUCUCCAGAUAUUGGUGUGGUGUUCGUAAACUUUCCUGAAAAUCUAGAUAACCCUGAACCGAAUUACAGAGUGCGCAGGAAUGUUGAUGAAGCAGCGUUCACCCAGCAGUUUCUCAGCAAGCUAAAUCUGAGGAUUGAGCCUUUGCAUAGGCCUGUAGGAAACACUAUCGAACCAAUCACACUUUUUCAGAAAAUGGGUGUGGGGAAGCUUGAGAUGUUUGUGCUUAAUCCAUCAAAGAACAGUAAGGAGAUGCAGCAUUUUAUGAAACAGUGGACCGGAAGUGAAAGAGACACCACUUCCAUUCUGCUUCCAAAUGGAAAAGAAUCUGAGUUUCCUCUUUCCUACUUGACUUCCAUCUCAUCACUUAUUGUGUGGCACCCUGCAAAUCCCUCAGAUAAAGUUGUACGGGUUCUCUUUCCUGGAAAUGCCACCCAACAUCACAUCUUUGAAGGCUUGGAGAAACUAAAACACUUGGACUUCUUGAAGCAGCCAGUUGUCACUCAAAAGAGUUUGUCCUCUAGUAUACCAUCAACACCAACACUAAAGCAAACAAAGAUGAAACACAGAACAGACAGCAAAGAGAGCCUAAAAUCCACUCCAAAACCAUCACCAAGCAAGACAAUCAGAAAAGAGUCAAAGGAGGAAACACCAGAAAAGGCUAAAUUAGAUGCAGAAUCAGCCCAUGAGAAAACACAAAAAAUGGAGAAAAAAGAAAAGGUCCCACUAAAGAAGGAAAAAGCAAAACCUUCUGAGAGAGAAUCAAAAGCAAAGGCAGAUCAAGCCGCUCAAAAUGAAAGUCCAGAAAAGAAGUCUGAGACCAAACCCAAAGUGGAAAAGACAUUUAAAAAAGAGGCCAAAGCAUCAGUGGAAAAGAAGAAGGAAGCCAAAAGAGAUGUAGCUAAAAAAGAAGAUACUUCCAAACAAGAAGGUAAGAAGGAUGAAAAAGUAAAGAAGGAGGAAGCAAAGAAAGUUGUGAAAAAGGAUCUAAGAAGAGACUCACCUAUGAAAGAGAAGAAGGAAGAAAAGAGAGAGCCAAAGAAAGACAUCAAAAGGCCCUCUAAAGACAUGAAGAAGACAUCUGCUGCAGGAGAAGAAAAGAAUCUCAAACCAAAGUCCUUAAAGAAAGAGGACACUUCCAAAAAAGAUGCGGGAAUUCCAUCAAAGCAGAAAGAGAAAGGAAAGACAAAGAUAACAAAGAAGGAGGCAAAGGUAGAUAGUAGCAAAAUGGCAGCAAGUGCUGCAGCUGUUGUAGUGGAUCCAGAAACAGAAAGAUCUCUAAUGUCCUCACCAGAAGACCUCACUAAAGACUUUGAGGAGCUUAGAGCAGAAGAGUUGAUAGAAGAUGAUGCAACUGUCCAACAAAAUGAGACUGAAAACAUCCACCACGAGGAAAUGAUACAGACCAAAGAAUCACCCGAAGCUUUAGAGUCUGUGGAUGAGGGUAUAACCACAACAGAGGUAGAAGGAGACAAUGGAGAGACACCAGAGGAACAAGUACUUAAAGGAAAACUUAAUGGCAGUGUCUCUGAGAAGUUUGAAGAUGAGGGCACUGUUAUGGAGGAGACAUCUGAAGGAGGGGAAUAUGAAGAGAAAGGGGAGACAGAAGAAGUCUAUGAGCCACAAAGAGUGGAAUUAGAUAAAAAUAAUUUGUCCCCUUGUACAGAUGAGUACAGCGCUAAAGUGACAAAAGAAGAUAACACUAAAGAUGAUGAUGUGAGAAAUAAAAAUGUAGAAGAUGACCAUGUUAGUCUGAGAGAAGAAGAGAAGCAAAAUCUGUUUGUGUCAGCCUCGCCUAAAGUGUCCUCACCCAUAUCUCCAGCUGCAUCUAUCCAUGAUGAAAUGCCUCCAAUUGGCUUUGAGAGCUUCACAGCUUCUGAUGAUGAGAACAGAGAUGAACCCUCUGAGGAUCAUGCAGUUCACACUCAGUCCACCAUUAAAAUCUCUAGCGUGCCUACUCCCUUGGAUGAGAUGUUGACUCCUAGGGACAUAAUGAGUGAUGAAGCCACCAAUGACAAGACAGAAUCUCCAUUACAGGAUUUUGGCAAGUUUGGGAAAUCACCGUCAGGAGAGUUUGUUAAACAGACACUUUCUCUGAUUCAAGACAUGCCAGGGUCAGAUCACUUUGAGAGUGCUGCCACAGAAGGCCAAGACUACAUCCACUCUGCUUCAACAAUAUCCCCACCUUCAUCACUAGAAGAGGAUAAAUUAUGUAAGGAGUUUCCAUCUGAAGGGAAAGCUAAAGGGUUUGCUGCAACUCAAGAGUCACCUGAGAAGUGUCCCAAUGACUCAACCAGACUCAGUUCGAUAUCCACAACAUCACCAAUUGUUCGUUCCCCUUCGGUGGAAUGCAAGAACACAUUUGGCUCUUCAGCAGUGUUUGCUGCUCCAGUUGAACUGUCCACGACACUGGCAGGUGACACCAAAACAGCAGCUGAUUCCUCCACAGGCCCAGAUGACAAGACACUGGACGGAGCUAAUUCCCCCCAGUCUUCAGGUCACACACCUUACUAUCAGUCACCAGUGGAUGAGAAAGCAGGAGCUCUACCACCUGUGUCAGAAGAAAAGGCAGAAGGUCCACUCAUUGUGGAGGUCACAAAUGAUAAAGAAGAUUCCUCCAACAGAGUUACCCCUGAGCCAGAACUAGAAUGUUCCUCCCCAGUGGAGAUAGUAAUGACCCCUCCCAAGAGCCCACAACUACCUGAGCCUGAAUCUCCAAUAAAGCAGAACAAAUCACCGUUUGAUGUGGAUCCCAAGAAACUUGGUGAAAACAGUAAUUCAGUCCUGUUCUCAGCACCCCUGACCAAACACGACCCUGACACAAACCCCUCCACAGCUUUUAAAGAAGAGAGUAAAAUGUCCAUUUCAGAGGGCACCACCUCAGACAAGUCUGGAACUCCACUAGAGGAAGUUGUAGCAGAAGACACAUUUUCACGACUAGCCUCAGCGUCUACAGCCUCCCUGGCCACCAGCUCAUUGCCAGAACCAACUACUGAUUCUCCUUCCCUUCAUGCUGAAGUGGGUUCACCCCACUCAACAGAGGUAGAUGAUUCUUUGUCGGUCUCCAUGGUUCAGACCCCAACCACGUUCCAUGAGGCUGAAGGAUCUCCAACUAAGGAUGAUAGUCCUAGACCUAUGUCUAUCUCCCCAGAUAUCUCACCUAAGACAAAAAGUAAGGCACAGAUACCAGACACUAAAUCUCCAGAGCAUUCUACCAUGUCAAUAGAGUUUGGCCAGGAUUCCCCUGACCAUUCCUUAGCCCUGGACUUCAGUAAGCAAUCUCCAGAACACCAGUCAGCAGGAAGCAACUCACGUGCAACAGAAAAUGGUCCAACUGAGGUAGACUACAGCCCCUCUGAUGGGACAGAGGUAAAAACUUCUGGAGAACCAAAAUCUGCAACAGAGAACCCCUUGCUUUUUGAUGAGAUUGAUUCAGCCCGUGCCACCUCUGCCACUCCUUCAGAUGCCUCCCAGUCUACACCCUCUGUCACGACCCCAUGUCAAAUGACAGAAAUGCAGCAUGCUGUGGUGGAGCAAACAGAUAAGUCUCCAGUCACCCCAAAGGCAUCAUCUCUAAUCUUGUCUCCCCACUCUAAUGACCCAUCUCCAGUGCUAGAAGCUUCCACGGUUGAAGAAAGCACCAGCCCAGUUUCACCAUCUGUAGAAAGUGUAGCUAGAUCUGAUGCACAGCAGAAAUAUGAUAAGUCACCAUCACCUCCUAAAGCCUCUUCCCCUUUAUUUAACCUUUCAAAAGGAGAGACACUUUCCCCAGCAAAAGAGACUAAUCCUUUUAAAUGUGAGGAUUCUGCACUUGAGAAAAAAUCUCCUGUGAGUCCCAAAGUUCCUUCACCAUCUAGUCUACCCCUCUCAUCUGAUCCAUACAUUUGCAACUCUGCCUGUGGCUCCAGGGACCCAGACUCCACUAAGAGGAGCCCCUCUGCUCCAUCCAAAACAGAUGUUGACCUUUGCUUAGUCACUUCAUGUGAGUACCGUCACCCCAAGACUGAACUGUCCCCAUCUUUCAUCAACCCUAACCCUCUAGAAUAUUUCAUCAGUGAAGAGAAUGCUUUGAAUGAGGAAAAACCUCUCACCAAGUCAGGAGGAGGGCCCCCACCCCCAGGAGUUAAGCUUUGUGCCAAACAAUGUGAAGAAACCCCACCCACAUCCAUUAGUGAAUCUGCCCCUUCACAGACUGACUCAGAUGUUCCACCGGGUACAGAAGAGUGCCCCUCCAUCACAGCAGAUGCAAACAUUGACUCUGAAGACGACUCAGAGACUCUACCUACUGACAGAACUUUGACCUACAGGCAUGCUGAUCCUCCUCCAGUGGCUCUCAGGGACUCUGCUCCUUCCUCAGGCCACCAUGAUGUCUGUAUGGUGGACCCGGAGGCUCUGAAGGCUGAAGAAAAUCUUCACAAUGCCAAUACUGAUGGAGACGAGAAGCCCACUAAGAAAAAACUCUCCAAAAAGUCCUCAUCACCAGCAAGGAAGAGUGGUCUGUCAAAAGUGAAGGACUCAAAGACUGCUUCUCCAAAGAAGGGUGUCGGAGAAGGAAAAGAUGCCAAAAAUGCAACUAAUACCUCUGCAUCUAGAGGUGUAAAAAGCACUGCAUUGGGUUCAGGUACUGGAAAGGCUGCAUCAUUGACCAACUGUCCCCCCAUGUACAUGGAUUUGGUUUACAUCCCCAAUCACUGCAGUGCCAAAAAUGUGGAUGCUGAAUUCUUUAAGCAUGUGCGGUCCUCAUACUAUGUGGUCAGUGGCAAUGAUCAGACAGCUCAGGAACCCAGUCGGGCUGUCCUUGAUGCUUUGCUGGAAGGGAAGGCCCAGUGGGGGAACAACAUGCAAGUCACUCUGAUUCCAACCCAUGACACGGAUGUGAUGAGGGAAUGGUACCAGGAGACGCACGACAAGCAGCAGGAGCUGAACAUCAUGGUCCUGGCCAGCAGCAGCACUGUGGUCAUGCAGGAUGAGUCCUUCCCAGCUUGUAAGAUAGAGAUGUAGGCCUGCUCAGCAAGAUGUCAGGAGGGAUUGUUUUCCAUGAGAGAAAGCCAAACCAUGUAGCGUAAGGCCUAAUCAGACAGUAAAUUAAAUAAAUACCUGGAAUGAGGAUUUGCUAACAAUAACACAAAAUACAUGUAAUUAGAUUCUAAUAAAAAAUAAUCAAACAGAAGGGAGAUAAAACACAAUUAAAUUAAUUUAAAAAAAAUAAACCUGAUUUUCCAGUUAUGCAGCCUCCAGCACAUUUCCAAUAUCGUUGCUGAUGUAUUGAGCUGUCCUGAAUCCCCAGAUCAACAUAUUGAGCCUUCAAUCAAUUUAACUGCUUUCAAGGAGCAGGUCUCAGCUGUAUCUGCUCUGUUCUCAAAUAAUGGCUGUUGUGCACACCAAAGUAUAAGACAACACUCUUUCUGUUACUGCCUUAGGGAAUCAAAAUGAAUGUAGAAGAACUGCUUGAAGAUAAAACAGGUAACACUAAACAUCUUAAGUUAAUCAUAAAAUAACAGAUUACAGAGUUAAAUUAUGCUCAAACUAAAGGGACACUUAUAAGCAUUAAUGAUGUCUAGCAUCAUCUUCAUCAUGUGGAGUCAGAGAGCUGCUACCAUUAUGAAACAUUUCCUGGCGUUUUCACAUGAACUCAGUUUAUUUAUUAUUCAAUAAAUACCUGUUUUUGUCUGUUUUUGUUGCUGCUCAUGUGUUGCUGCUUAUCAUAAAUUUAAAUUAUUCUUCUUGAUUGUCCAGAAAGUCUCUAGCUCUUCAGUAUGAGGUUGCUUGAUAACAGUCCCUCUUGUUUUUGUUACCAUCUUUUUAAAGAGCUGCCUUUAAUUUCAGAUCAUCAGUCUUAUUUACAGAAUUUAAUUUCUUUUAAGAGGAGAAACCUUGAUCUUAUGUCUUAUAAAUGUUUUUUAUGUAAUCAAUGACCUUUGGGAAGCUUGUCUUUCCCCCAUUGUAAAGCUGGUGAAGCAGGAUAUUUUCCUAAACCUUAAAAUUUCUUGUUUUUCAAAACCAUUGUAUUAUAAUUAUAAAUAACUUUGUGGCCAGUUGCGUGGUUGGGAGACAUGCAUGGGUUAGAAUUUUUCUCUUUUUUGAAGGAUUUUGCUCAGACUUAAGAUUUACGAUCAACAGGGCUACAUGGGCAUAAUUUUACAAAAGUAAGGAGCGUUGUGCCAUGACAUAUGUAUACUACAAAAAGCCAGACAAUUGCCAGUGGCACAAAAGUGAUGAAAAACUUGAUUUUGGGUGCAGCACAUUGAAGAUUUCAAGGCUGAUACUGAAUGACAGUGAUUCAGCUUAUGGAAGGAGUGUGGUCAUGAGGGAGGCAGCACACAGAUGAGUGUGAGAGGCUUGAGUGUUUUAGAUGAGAGUAUGUGAAACAAAAAAACUUGACACUUUAAAGAACAAACAUGACACAUCCAAAACUAACAGUACUGAGGCCGCACAUCGGCUUUGACAAGCCAGCUACUGGAGAAACAUUUAACAAAUCACCACAUAAUGAUUACAGGCUUUGCUAUUUUGUUCUAUAAAUCAAAAUCAGUAAAAUUAGUGGAUAUUUCUAAGAUGACAUCAGGCGUUCAUGAUACCACCACAGACUAGUUCUCAUGCAGGAGAACCUCAAACUAUCACCAUGGACUUACUGUCAAACAGAACAGACAUUUCUCUCAAACGGACAUUUCUCUUUUCUCUAUACUCUUUCCCUACACUUCCCCUCGUUCUCUCUCUAUUUAUCUGCCUUUUCUCCUCAUCUUUCUCUCGGGAGACCUUUAAUAAUGUUUGUCUGCAGCUGUGUGGUAUAUUUGUCUUGUGAUCUUGCAUCCUCUCUGCCCUUUUCCCAAACUCAUGUAACCUAUAGCAAUUAGUUUCAAGUGAAAAUAUUCCUUAGUGCUUUCUGAUGUUUGUGUGCAAUACUUCCUCUACUGUACCCAUAUGGCAAAACUAAUGUAAGAGGAACCUGUACUAAAGAGCAAACAUUCAAAGACAACCACAAUAAAAUCUGUUGUGAAAAAAUGACUGAUAUUUUUUACUCUUCU